ACGAAAUUUCUUCUCCCCCCCGAAAAUCCCCCCCAAUGGAGAGCAGCGUAGAGAGUGCGGUGGCGGCGGCUGUGGCGGUGGGCGGCGGAGGGUACUGCUGCGGCGGGUGGGAGACGCCGAAGCGGGAGGAGUGCCGCAUCCCGGCGACGCUCCCCUGCCCCGCGGCGCCGAGGAAGGCCGUGCUGGACUUGGGGAAGCGGCGGAGCCCGCCCAAGAACGGCUACUUCCAGCCGCCGGACCUGGAGGCGCUCUUCGCGCUCGCGCCGCGCCGCCAGGCCUCAACCUGCGCGUGACUUCACCGCCGCGGCGGGCGGAAAGGAGCUCUGUUCUAGAUCGAUUUUGGGAGCUGUAGAUACUUCGCCGGUUUCUCCUCUGUUGUACUCGGGUUUAGUAGCGGGCGGAUAGGGAUCGGUAGGAGGGUUUUAGGGAGUAGUAGGGUAGGUAGGUAGGUGGUGGAUGCUUGAGAUGAGGGCUCGUAGGCAUACUGUUUUGUAUUGGUUCAGAUGAUGAAAUCCUCGUAUGUUUCUU